AUGCAAGAGUACACGGAAAAGCCAGCAAGCGGUGCUGAAUCACAAUUUCAGCCUGGUCACCGGAUCCCAAUCCAACAUCAGAAAAAGCCUGGGCUACAGGCGGAACUCGAGGAUCCCAAGCCUGCGUCAACUCGCAUACCGACCGACGACUAUGGAUAUCAGACAUAUAAAGCAGCCGGGAAACUCGCUGGAAAGAGAGCCAUCAUUACGGGUGGCGACUCUGGGAUCGGUCGCGCCGUUGCCAUAUUGUUUGCAAUGGAAGGGGCAUCUAGCCUAAUUGUAUACUUGCCAGAGGAAGAGAUAGAUGCUCAGGAAACAAAGAGAAGAGUGCAGGAAACCGGAAAAGAAUGUCACUGCUUGGCAGUAGAUAUCCGAAAAAGGGAGAACUGCCAGAAAGUAGUCGACGUCGCCCUUCGGUGUCUGGGAGGAAUUGACAUUCUGGUGAACAAUGCUGCAUUCCAGAACAUGGUCCAAGACAUCAGCGAGCUAGAUGAGGACCAAUGGCAUCGCACCUUUGACACAAACAUCCAUCCUUACUAUUACUUGUCGAAGUACAGCCUACCACAUAUGCGAUCUGGCGCCACGAUCAUCAAUUGUUCAUCUGUUAACCAUUAUAUUGGCCGAGGUGACCUCCUUGACUAUACAUCUACGAAGGGCGCAAUUAUUGCGUUCACUCGAGGAUUGUCCAACCAACAAAUUGGGAAAGGAAUUCGAGUCAACUGUGUGUGCCCUGGUCCAAUCUGGACUCCUUUGAUCCCAUCCACCAUGGAUACUUCUGCAAUGGAACAAUUCAGCUCCGUGCCCAUGGGUCGCCCGGGCCAACCUAGCGAGGUUGCAACAUGCUUUGUUUUCCUUGCAAGUCAUGACAGUAGCUACAUCUCGGGGCAAAGCCUGCACCCUAAUGGCGGUGUCAUGGUCAACGGCUAA